CUCGUGCUCCUCGCUGCUCUGCUUUGUGUUGUCAGGCAGAAAGACACACGAGCCAGGGUGGCGCGUGUCGGGAUUCACAUUCACGCUAUCAGCGACAAGAAUUAGCUAAACAACAUAUAGUCUUUGUUGUUGUCUAUUUUAAAGUAGUUAUUUAUACAUUUUGCUACAAUGUCGGUGGGUGUGGAGUCUGGAUUCUCGAGCGAGGAGGUGUUAAACAGCCGCUUCCCUCUCCAUCGGGCGUGCAGGGAUGGAGACGUCGGUGCCUUGUGCGCCCUGCUUCAGGGCACCUCAAACCCGGCUGACCUCUCGGUGGAGGACACCUUCUACGGCUGGACGCCUGUUCACUGGGCCGCGCAUUUCGGAAAGCUGGAGUGUGUGAUGCGUCUGGUUCAGGUGGGCUGUGGCGUGAAUGCGAUGACCUCCAGGUUUGCACAGACGCCCAUUCACAUUGCUGCCUUUGGGGGCCACCCUGAGUGCUUGUUAUGGCUACUCCAAGCUGGUGCAGAUAUUAACAGACAGGACUAUGUGGGCGAGUCGCCCAUCCACAAGGCUGCUCGUGCGGGCAGUCUGGAGUGUAUCAACGCUCUCUUGAUUCAGGGAGCGAAAGCUGACAUGAGGAAUGCCAGUGGGCUGACUGCUGCUGACUUGGCCCACGCCCAGGGAUUCCAGGAGUGCGCAGAGAUUCUCUCCAAUGCCCAGAACUUCCAACAAAACAUGGCCCAGUCCCAUAACGGGUCUUUUCUGAAUGGCAUGACCCAGAACGGGGGCCACCACGCUCGUCCCACCAUCCAGGGACGCAGCUUCUCGAACGGCAUGCCCAACAGAAAGAGGUCGUUCGACGGCAUGGAAGCGAACCCGGUGAAGAAGGUGAAACCCAACGGUCUGGGCUUGCCACCAGAGUUUCUUAAUGGGAAUGGGCCACGCGGCGGCGGACAGGCCCAGAUGGAGAGCACGAACAUGGAGUUGGCGGCGACCGUAACCUCAGUGGCAGGUGAGGAUAUUUCCUCAAAUGGCCACAAUCAACUGGAGCUUCCAUUUGGGUGUUACCCAGAAAUCCUCCACGGCCAACUCUCCUACAGCGACUCAUCUGAGAACAACGGCGGCGCAGGCAGCCAGGUGGAGCACCAGAAGUCUGUGAAAGCAGAGCAGCUGUAUGACCAUGCCUUCUUCACAACCAUGCUCCUCUACCAUGGAUCCUAAAGGGCAGAAGAUCUCAUUGACAGGCUGUCCUUUUUA